UUUGUGGCGGCUUGUUCGAAAGACUACCUGCUUUUACGUUGAAUUUUAACAUGACAACAGGAUAAGAGAUAAUCAAUUUAUUGCAUUCUUAUGAAGUCAAAAGAAGCUGUUAGUUGACCAAUAUUUGCAAUGAUGGGAGAUCCGCUUGACAUGAAGCAGAUUUUCUUCACCAAUCUGCAAGUUCUGGGAUUUGAUGCAGCAGCAGAAGGACAAGACAACAAAAUUCCCUUUAACAAAAACAUGUUUGAUUUGCCAAAUAAGAGGGGCAGUGAAGUUGUUUUACAUUUCCUGUUUGAGAAAUUAAACCCAGUCAUGUGCAGAGAAGAGUUUAGACAUUGUUGGCCCAUAAUUGACAAGCAACAAGAAGCCCAGUUCAGAAGGACUUGUAAUAACUGGUUGAAUAAUAUAUCAAAGAAUGAACCGGACUCCCAUUUACCCAGGAUAACUGGGUCUCUGUUCCUGUCACCUGGUGGAGAAAAGUUUAUCCAGUUGUUACUUCAUUUUUCCAGAUACGUUCUGCAACAGGAUAUUGAAAGAAUGGGCGGUAAAGAUAAAGACCAUCUACGUUACCCAGAACUGACACAGCAAACAGCCUCCCUUGGUGAAGCUGUUGGGAAUUCAGUCCAAUGUUCCAUCGUUAGGAACAGGAAACAUUUACUGGAGGAAUCUCAAAUUAUACUGGCUCUAAAUAGGGAAUGGAAAGAAUAUUCCAAUGAGCUGGUAAAAGAUUAUAGGAAGCUAUCUAAAUUGGCAAGAGAAAAAGACCACAAGAUUAGGGAAGAAAUACAGAAAACCACAGAGAGAGGAGCAGAAAGAGGGAGUCCCAUGGUAAGGAAAAGGCGUUCAACAAAUGCAUAUGAAUAUGAUUUUGAUCCUCAGUCAAUAAAACGAGCUCAGCGAGUUCAAGAGGUCCGUGACUUAUGGAAGCAGUUUGAUGAUUUCUGUACUAGAGAGGCCUCAGAGAGGGAAGUUAUAGAAUCUAUAGUAGAUAAAACAAUGAACAAAUGUAAAAUAAAUGCUUCUGGUGUCAACAUUAAAGUUCCAGAUCUUUUACUGACAGAAUGUGAAGACGAAAUAAGAAAGAGACAUGUAGACAGUAAUUUCCACCAUGGAAAGCUCAACCUUGUUAGUAUAAUACAACUAUGGAAUUUAUGUCUUCAUUUGUAUAUAGAGAAAAUACAUCAAGCUGGUGUUCCAAAAUUUGAGGAGGAAGUUAAAGCCAUAACAGAUAAAGUGCAUACAAGUACAGCUUAUCUGUUCAAUACACAGUCAUUGAAGGAGCAAAUAGCAAGUAUCUUGCCUGAGCUCAAGGAAUCGAUAGACUAUCUCAGGAAUAAAAUCGAUAAGGAAGUGACUAUUUCCAGUACUCCACAGAGUUUACGGACUACUUCUGUAGGUAUGGGUUUGAUGGAACCUUCUCCACCUGUAUCUUUCACACCAAGAAAAACAACCGAAAUCACACCAGAGGGCACUGCAAUUAAACUUUCUCCUGAUGAUGUGACCACACCAGAGGCAGUGUCUAGAAUUGCAGAUAAUGUUACUGGGACUGUAAGAAAGGGUCCAAAUAAUCUUUUCCAAGGUACCCCUGUUUAUGCUGGAUCUGUAAAACAGGAUGCAAGAAAAACAGAAAGGGUCAAUUCAAAAUUACCAAAGAAAACAAAAACAGAAAGUUCAAAUUCUAGGUCAGUAGAUGUUAGAGGUCAGUUGCAUUCUACACCAACACGAGCUGCUAGACCAACAGUAAAUAAUCAUGAUUGGGAUGGAAUCAUACAACAGCCAGAGACAUUAAUAUCACAGCUUAAAAAUUCACCACCCCACAGUGAGCAAUCUUUUCACAGCGACAGAAACACGAACAAGAGUAAUAUAACUCAAACAUCAGGAACCAUAACUCCUAAACUGUCUCCACGAUCUGACACAGGGCCUGUAACUCCUAGGAACAAAAGUUACAACUCGCCAUUUAUUUCACCAAGACAAGGACAAAGGUCAGCAGAGGUCACACCAAGACAAGGUCAUAGGUCACCCUCAGACAUGAUAGUAGAUGAAGUUAUGGGAUUUGGAAUGGUUAUGUCUCCUGGGAUGUCAGGUGCUGAAGCAUUUCGAACAAAAGCAGAAAUCCCUAGAAGUCCUAUAAGUGUUGAGGUUAAAAUGAUGUUUAGAGAGGCAAUGUCGAAUGAAAGCAGUCCCCAGUCUGACAGGUCAAGGUCUUCUAGAAGUCAAAAGUCAGCUGAACAUAGUUUCAACAUGAGUGAUCAUGGCUUAUACAUUCAAAAGGACAAUCCAACCUUUGGUUAUCAGAAUUUUUCAAAAACUUUAAAUAGAUCCAAAAAUACAAUUUCAAGUUCCAACCAAAUGGCAGUUGAACCAUCUCAGAAUGAUGAGAUGCUGUCAAGUGAUGCCAUGAACAAUUCACCUUAUAAUGAAGGAAAAAUAAGUAAUGGUCAAGAAUUAGAACUGUUAAGUAGUUUACAAUUGCAAAAAGACAAAUAUUUGGAAGAAAAUCGUCCAAAAUCUCCUGUAGGAGAAACUUUAGACUCUAUUGAAACUGACCCUGAAGAUAAUUCUACAACAUCUAAAUUUAAGUCAAAAGAAAACAGUUUUAAAAUACAAAGACCGCCGUCUCCUGUGGCUGAGUUAUUGGAAAGUUUUGAUUCUGGAAACGAGGAUUCAGACAAAAUAUUGGAGGAGGAAGUUUCUCUGAAAGACGAAGAGGAUGAUUUCUAUUUAGAACAACCUGAAGGUUUACUCUCCUCAGAGGCAGAGGAGGACACACAAUAUGAAACCUUAUCCAAAAAGUUUGAAGAACAAAAGGCUUUCAUUACAAAAGAGGUCAUUCCAAGAAGCCCUCUGAAGGAUGAAAUAAGACGGAUGUUCAAAGAAGCAAUGUCUGAUGUAGAGGAUUCACCUUUACAUAAAAGUAGUAAUAGGCCUCACUCAGAUAGUUUUUCAAGGUCAAAUCACAGUAAAGGGAGAGCAGCAGGUAUUGAUGAUAGUUGUAAUGCCUUGCAAGCAGGUAAUAGCUUUGAUUUGCAAGGAGCAGGUGAUGGAAUUGGUUUGGAAGACAUAGAAAUGCCUGAUAUGCCAUUAGAAGAUUCUUUUGGUGAAAAUUAUGGUGCAGGAAUCCCCAACAACACUUCAAAUUAUUCGAACAAAGCUAUUAAUCGUGAAAGUGUAGGUCUUGAUUUGAUUUCCUUCACAACGCCAAAGUCAGAAGUAAAUUUAUUUCAAACUUAUGAUGCGAGAAAAUUAAAGGAGGCAAAACAUGAUCUAGAUGAAAUAUUUAGUCAAAGUCUUCCAUUAAGGGUGGAAAAUAUUCGUCAAGCAGAGACGAAGCAACAGCUUACAGAGAAUAAGACACAUUUAAAGCAGUUAGAAAAAUCUAUUGGUGAACUUGAAGGAAAGUUACUGGAAAUCAGUUCGAAUGAGUUUCUGAAUCCUGACUCAAAAGAUGAUUCUGAUUUAAUUGAUAAUUUAGACGAUUCGUUUGUACCUGUGAAAGGUGGUGUUUUAGUUGAAGGUGGAACACCUUUGAAAUCUAGGUCACUUCAGAAUGUAAACGAAGUACCAACAAACAAUAGUAACGAUAUACGAACUAGAAUGCAACAACUUAAAGAGGUUGCCAAGAAAAUUAGUUCAGAUUUUAAUGUAUAACCUGUCUCACAGUAUUAAAUUAUUUUUAAGCCUGAAUGAAUUCUUUAAUUUAUUGUAAUGACCCCUUUUUUAACAGUGUUUAAAAUGAUAAAUACGUGCAUAAUAGUAUAAAUACAACAUCAAUAGAGUAAAUUUGGGAAGAAAAAUAAUGUUUUUUUAAAUAGUCUUUAGCACAAGUAAUUGUCUUCCUAAUAUAUUAAAAUUCAUUACCUGGUACUCUUGUUAUAGUAGGUUGUAUAGUUAUAGUACUUCAGUGUAUCUUAUUUGCUAUUAAAGGAGACUGCAGUGGUGUCUAUUUUAAGAAUAGUAUGUCUUGCUCUAACCCAUGCCAACCUGCCCCCAAAGAAACUUGUUCAAAAUGCCCAUGUGUCGUUUUCAUAUUUUAGUGAAAUUGAUUCAACUCAUGUAAAGAAAAGCAAUCAUUUUCCAUAAUGAUCUAUCAAAAGAGAGGCAAAAGAUACUGUAGGGAUAUUCAAACUAAUAAUUCAAAACCAAACUGACAAUGCCAUCGCAGAAAAUGAAAAACGACGAAAAGACAAACAAUAGUACACAAAACUAAACAUAGAAAAUGAAAAACUGAGCAACACGAACACAACCAAAUACCAGGGGUGAUCUCAGGUGUUCUGGAAGGGUAGGUAGACCCUGCUUCACAUGUUGCACCUGUGAUGUUGCUCAUGUAAGUACAAACCCGAUAAGAUUUAUCAAGGUGCAAAUUUUUAUCACUGUAAACCAUCAUAAUAUAAAUCUUAUCUGUAAAUUUUUUUUUACUGAGCCACUAGAUUCCUUUUUUUUUUAAGACUUUGGUUGUCUCAAUAAUUUUCUAAAAUUGUUAAAAACAUUUUGCUGACUUACAAAAAUUACAUUCCUCAGGUGUUUGAAUCCUUUAAAACAGUAAUGUAUUUAACCGACCUGCUGCUUUACACAUUUUGUAAUACAUUUAUUUUGUGCAUGUUUCUUUCAACCUUGAAAAUUUCAAUAGUUAUCAGAUAAUACAAAAUGGAGAUAAAAUAGUACUGACUUUUUAUCGGAUCAGUAGUCAGUACUUCGGUACUGACAUGAUUUAUAACAAACCUUUCUAAAAUUGUCCAUUUAUAGAUUUUGAAAUUAUAAAGAAACUGAGGUUUCAACUCCCUCAGGCAAAGUUGACCUUAGAUGGAUUUGGCUAUUUUUAAGGUACUUUUGGUCAUAUAGCUCUUCAACUGUUUCGGUUCUUAUACAUCCUUGGCUUUCAAAUAUUCAGCUUUGAGUGUUCCUGAUGAAGGUAAAUCCAGAAAAGUGCUUUGGACACAUUAAAUUUAUAACGCGUUGUUUUCAUUUUUUAAUUUGCUCGACAUAGAUCAGGAAUUAUAUGAUUCUACAUCAAAUUUCUUAAAUUAUAUAAUAUACUAUAUAACUGUUUCCUUGUAUUGCUGAUAUAUAUAUGACACAAGUAAAUUCAGUGAGCUACUGUUUAAAUAAAAUGGAUGCCAAUUAUGUUUUUGAAAUUGAACAAAGAAAGAUACCGUAUAUAGUUGAUGAAUCAUAGAUACAUGUAUAAGAUAUUAAUUCACAAAAAGUAUCUUACAGAGGACAAUUAACUAAUUAUUAUAAUGUGAAAGAGUUUUAUGCAGAUGCAUUGUAAAAUAGGGUCAACUUGAGGAUAUUAACUGUAAAUUCAGAAAUUAAAGGGAUGUUUUUAUGAAUGAAGAAAAUGCAAUGAGAUGAAAUUUUCAAUAAUUAACACUAGCUUUUCAAGUUUUGCUAAUGAAAUUCUUCUAAAACUUGUUCCAGAAUUGAAAUACAUAUCUUGCAUUGUCUUUGGUUGUCUAAUAUUUGCACUAAUAAAUACAUACGAUAUAUUUUUUAUUUUAGUACAGUAUGUUAUGAUAAGUUUAUUGUUGUAAGUGUAUGUUAGGCCAUUUGUUAAGUGUUUAUGUAUUAUAAACAAAAAGAUAUUUAUUUGAAACAUUAAUGAUUGUUUGUACAUUGCAAAUAAUGAAACAUAUACAGUGUGUAAUAAUUAUCAGUAGGUGAAGUUGUAUGUAUUUAAAACAUAUUUAAACCAGAUUGUGCUUUUUCUUAUUUCAAACUUUUUUAUGUUGCCGAACAGCAAAACUAUAACGACACAUAGGGGUCAUUUCUGUUGUCUUGCCUCGUCUCUGUCACACUUUGUUAAUCUGCAAGUCCUAGAUAAUGGGUUAACAGAAUUCCACCAAACUUGUACAGAUUUUUAUACAAGACUUGAAAUUGUUCACCAGCUAUUUAAUAUUUGAUCUGAGCUAUUUUUGGGGUUCUUUUACCAAAACCAGGACUUUGCCAUUCUGCUUGUAUUAUUUGCAGAUUGAAGGUGACACAUGUCUCCUUUGAAAGACUCACAUUUUUUUGCAAUUUGUAACAGCUUUACAUUCAGAUUUUAACUUAAGAAAUUCAGAUCCUUGCUCUAUAGAUAGAUUUUGAUUGACACAAUUUGAGCAAAAGUGAUUUCCCUUUUGUUUCCAUGUUGAAGGUUUAAGUGCACAAAUUCCUUCAUAAAUAAAAAAAUCAAAGCAUUAUACUGACUACUAGCCUUUAGAAAAAGGAUUUUUCUGAACAAAUUUUUAUUUUAAGCCUUGCUCAAUUCAUCACAAUGAUCUAGUAAGGAUCUCUUAUCAGACUUUCAGACUUGUGUGUUUCUCAUGUUUCAAUUUGGUUAGUCAAAUAUGAAAAUCAACCUUUCCAUAAUGGCGACCAAGGGAAGUAACUCAAACUCAAAUUAUGUCAUUUGAAACCUCUCUAUUCAAAGUCAUCCUUUUACAUUUGUAGUUUCCUGAUUCCAUGAAAAUGGAAACAGUCUAACUAACUAAGUACGUUGGAUAAGUCAUCUGCUGAAAAAUUGUUAACAAAUAAAACAUUAAAAGGUAUUACUAACAGGAACAACCAAAUAUUUUGGUCAGUUGAAUGUUUUCUGCUUUAAUCAAUCUACAGUGGAUAACAAUAUCCUUGUUUGGACUUCUUACAUUUUCUUUUUUCAUUUUGAAUCAAUUUUACCUAAAAGCAUUACAAGUGAUUAGGGAUAUGUUCCUGCAUGUAAACUGGCUCUUAUGGGUAUGAAAAAUAAGCAUUCUCCUAGAUAUUUUAUUUUUGCAUUCUCUCAUUGAAGAUUUUAAAAAGAUUACAUGAAAUAUAUAUUUUUUUGUGAGAAAUUUAUGAAUUCAUUUUAAUAUUUCAUUUAUUAUGAAAUUAUAUGCAAGUAAGUGCUGCAGUUUUAGGAUUGAAUAAACUAUUUGAAAUGUU